GUUCAUAUCCCAGUGUCCUUUGUGUCUACUUCCUUUCCGUCCUUUUCCGGCGUUCAAGAUGUCGAAGCGAGGACGUGGUGGAUCCUCCGGUGCAAAAUUCCGGAUUUCCCUGGGUCUUCCGGUAGGAGCAGUGAUCAAUUGUGCUGACAACACAGGAGCCAAAAAUCUGUAUAUCAUCUCUGUGAAGGGGAUCAAGGGACGGCUGAACAGACUUCCUGCUGCUGGUGUGGGUGACAUGGUGAUGGCCACAGUCAAGAAGGGCAAACCAGAGCUCAGAAAGAAGGUACAUCCAGCAGUGGUAAUUCGACAACGAAAGUCAUACAGGAGAAAAGACGGUGUUUUUCUUUAUUUUGAAGAUAAUGCAGGGGUCAUAGUAAACAAUAAGGGCGAGAUGAAAGGAUCUGCCAUCACAGGACCAGUUGCAAAGGAGUGUGCAGACUUGUGGCCCAGGAUUGCUUCCAAUGCGGGCAGCAUUGCAUGAUUCUCCAGUGUGUUUGUAAAAAUAAUGUCUAUUAAGAAGUGGUUUCUCUGGGGCUGGGGAGAUAGCUCAGCCGGUAGAGUGCUUGCCUUGUAAGCACAAGGCCCUGAGUUCCAUCCCCAGCACCCAAAAAAAAAAAAAGGAAGUUAUUUCUCCCACUGCUUGCCUGUUUAUUUCUUUGCUUUUUCUUGACAAGAAACUGUUAAAUACAAACUGGGCAUGUGUGAAGAUACA